UCCGUGCCGGUGACGCGUCGCGUCGCAGUGUACCGUCCUUAACGGGAAGUUUUUGCUGCUUUUUUUCCCUCAUAGUCGUUUUUGCCGGUCGCUGCCGGUCGCGGACUCGCCAGGAAGGUGGGUCGUCCUUGAGCCCUGGUUUUCGCGGUUCGUCGACGGAUUCCAACUGGUUUCGACGCGGAGUGCUCGCGCUCGACCGGCCUCUUCGGCGCCCCUCGAGGUAGACCGAACACCCGCCCACACCUCGUAUUCGCGGAAGACUCGCGGAAGAAUGAGCCCUCCCCGGGUACCCGGUCCCUCGGUAGACGCCGGCGGUCGCCGGGAGGCUCCUCUUUCGUGAGAGUUCCAACCCGGAAUUGCGCGACGUCGACGAGAAGGGUGACGGCUCGACCCCACCGACGCGCCCCUUCCUCCCGAACCAUGCAGUUCCUCGAGAAGUUCUCGGCCUCCUUCUGGUCGCCCGACGUCUGGCUGCCGCCCAACACGACCUGGGACGAUAUCGUGCCCACCGCCGAGAACCGCUUCGCCGAUUACCGCGACCUUGCGUAUCCCAUUCCGAUGGCCUUCGUCCUCCUGGCCCUCAGAUACGCCCUGGAAAGGUAUUGUUUUGCACCUUUUGGCCUGUCGCUCGGCAUCAAGAACACGAGACCAAAGAAAGCUCUGCCAAACCCUAUACUGGAGAAAGCUUAUGCGGCUAAGAAGUUUAAACACAAGCAGGUCUUGGCAUUAACCAAACAGUUGGAUUGGACGGAGCGGCAAGUGGAACGGUGGUUCAGGCUGCGGAAGUCUCAGGACAAACCUUCUACGCUUACUAAAUUCUGCGAAAACAAUUGGAGAUGUGUAUAUUAUACGUACUCGUUUUUCUAUGGUCUUAUAGUCCUGUGGGACAAGCCAUGGCUCUGGGAUAUUAAGGAAUGUUUUUACAAUUAUCCUUACCACCCUGUGACCAAUGGCGUUUGGUGGUACUACAUGAUAUCGAUGGCCUUUUACUGGUCGUUAAGUUUCUCCCAGUUCUUCGAUGUCCGUCGUAAAGAUUUCUGGCAAAUGUUCAUACAUCACAUUGCGACCAUUGCGCUCAUGUGUUUUUCCUGGGUUGGAAAUUUAACCAAGAUUGGAUCGUUAGUAUUACUGAUACACGACUGUGCGGAUAUAUUUUUAGAAGCUGCAAAAAUGGCUAAAUAUGCAAAUUACCAAAAAUUGUGUGACUUUAUUUUCGUUAUUUUUACGAUUCUGUGGAUUGUCACGCGAAUGGGCAUUUAUCCGUUCUGGAUAAUUUACAGUACAACCAUUGAAGCUCCUAAAAUAGUAUCAAUGUUUCCAGCAUAUUAUAUUUUCAACUCGCUGUUGGUUUUACUGUUGGUGCUGCAUGCUGCUUGGACCUGGUUAAUUCUGAAGAUUGCGUACAAUGCAUUUUAUGCUGGACAGAUGGAAGGUGACAUACGCAGUAAUAGCAGCGAAGAUGUGUCGGAUGCAUCGGUGGAUUGGACUUCUAAUAGAAAUUCUGUAAAUAAUGUUAGUAAAUUGUCGCAUCAACAGGAACAAGAGUUCCAAUGAAAUGGAUCGAUGCCCAUAUCGACGUAACGGUACGUCGAGAACGUUCAACCGAGAGGAUGUUAUCGUUUAAGAUGGAAUCUUAGUCAGUACGCUAUUAAGUGUGAAACCAUGGAACAAACAAGGUCAAGGUGAUGUAAAAGGCCAGAUGUGAUCCUCUAGAAGAUCUCGGUUACCGAUACAUUUUCAAAUCAGGUUAUAUUCCUCAACUUCUCUCCGCUUGAGCUUUCCAUACCUCUUCUACGCGGUAACAUCUUGGCUUUCGCAUCAUCCAACCGACGAGCCUGUAUAUCAUUGGAUAGACCGAGGCCAAGCUUUUCCGUGAAUAAUUUCAAACUUGAAUAUAAGUUUUCUUACGAAGGAAUUUUGUUAACAAAUACUUUUGAUACGAGAACUAGCGAUCGCAAUUGAAUUUGUACUCGGAAUAAUAGACUUCGCCGUUCCAAUUAAGGCAUGUCAUCGAAGUCCGAUUAUUUUUUCGUCGAUGCAGCUUUUAUGUAACCUUAGUUGCGAUUAGAAAGUACACCUCUAUGUCAAGAUAUAGUAUACCUAAUUUAUGCGCGCCUGCACUGCCUUCAAAGCGGCAUCAACAGUAAUUAUACCAUUCAUCUCGUAUAGAAUAAUAAGCGGUUUUACAUCCAAGUACAACGAAGGACAUUGCGGAUUUGUUAAUCUCGGAAAGCGUUCGAAUAACUUGGAAAGACAGUGAGAUACUCCUUUGUCGUAUAUUAUUUUUCAAAUAUUCUAAUUAUGUAAUAUACAUAUCUUAAAUUAAUGAAAAAGCACUGAAAUCGUUUAAUGCUGUAUUUACAUCGUUUCCGCGAUUUGUUGACCGCUGCAUUAUCGUGAUUACCCUUUAGCUACCCCGUAUGUAUGUAUAAUAAAUUCGGAUUAUUAAUUAA